ACACCAUUUGCACUGUCAUUGGAGCAGGUUUGAUAGUGGGAAGUGCCCGUACGCCGGUGUCUCCCUGGUUGCGCAAGACGCCAUUUUGGAGUGACAGUGAAAGAUAACGGAAAGAUCGAGAAGCUGUCUUUCUAAAGCUUCGUCACCAUGGGGAAUGUAUUUACAAGCUUAUUCAAAGGCCUGUUUGGCAAAAAAGAAAUGAGGAUUCUUAUGGUUGGGCUUGAUGCUGCUGGAAAAACAACCAUCCUAUAUAAACUGAAGCUAGGAGAGAUAGUCACCACCAUUCCCACCAUUGGUUUUAAUGUUGAAACUGUAGAAUACAAGAACAUCAGCUUCACAGUGUGGGAUGUGGGCGGUCAGGACAAAAUCAGGCCGCUGUGGCGCCACUACUUCCAGAACACUCAAGGGCUUAUCUUUGUGGUGGACAGCAAUGACAGGGAGAGAGUGAACGAGGCGAGGGAGGAGUUGUCCAGAAUGCUCGCUGAGGACGAACUCAGAGACGCUGUGCUGCUCGUUUUUGCAAAUAAACAGGAUCUCCCCAACGCUAUGAAUGCUGCAGAGAUCACAGACAAGCUUGGCUUGCACGCCCUGCGCCAGCGCAGCUGGUACAUCCAGGCCACCUGCGCCACCAGUGGGGACGGCUUGUAUGAGGGCCUGGACUGGCUCUCCAACCAGCUGAAGAACCAGAAAUGAUCCAUUCCACCAGUUUUGAUUUUUGUUUGUUGUUUAUUUUUUCUGUUUCAACACAGCGGCAGCACCGGAUCCAGGCCCCCUUCGCUCCCAUCUAACCCAAUUCUCAACCUCAGCUCUUUCUUUCAAGAACUUCCUUCAUUCCCUUUCUCCUGCUUUCUGCCCUCGUCAGUACUCUUGGGGCUCUAGCCUGUGCUGCUUGUGUGUGGGUGUGCGUGCGUGUGUGUGUGUGUGUACCUUGUGUGUUCAGCGAGUGUGUGUGUGUGUCUGUGUGUCUGUGUGUGUGUGUGUGGGUGUGAAGGCGUCUCUGUGUAUGUUGGCUGGGAUUGGGAGUAACUCUGGCGUGCCUUUUACACACCUCCUGUGGAAUCAGCAGUCUGGUUUUCAAGCCCCUUUCUCCAUCCACCAAACUCAGCCUCUGCCCCACUCGGCCUACCCCCACUCCAAGUCUUGCACGGCCCCCUUCUCCCCACCCUUACUCUCCAGAGGAAGCAUGGUUUUCAUACGGCAAAGAAAGAGCAAGGGUGCACGCUCUCCUCCCCCCCUACCUGUAGUAUAUAUCUAUGUUAACUAGAAAUGUUCACCUGAUGUAGACUGAAUGCUAAAUGUUCAUUUUAACCUCUUGAUUUUGAAACCUCAAACCCACCAGUAAGAGAUUCAGUAAAUUGCAUCUUAACCUGUAUCAGGUCGAAGCAAGUCAAAAAAAUAGAAAAAUGGAAAAAAAAAACGCCCAUCCUCGAUCAUUCUGGUGUCAUUUGAAAAUCAUGCUGUUUUGUUUUAUUAUUAUUAUUAUUAUUAUAUUGGAAUAUAACAGAUUACUCUUAGCAAUGGUUCUCCAAUGAACACUACCUUUUCCCCUUCCUCCCUCCCCCCCUCCCCCCCACCAAGCGAGACCGUGAAGCACAAAGCAAGCCAAUGAUUUUAACUAAUUAAAAUCUACUUUAAAAUUAAAGAUCUGAAAUUAUAUGCAAUUAUUGUCAAAUUUGUGGGGUAGCUAGCAUUUAAUUCUCUGGAUUUAAUUGGAUUUUCGAGUUGACCUUCAGUACAAUUAAUCAUUCUGACAGUGUUUCUACUUCAUGUAGGUCAAAAACAAGGUGUUGGGCAUUUCACAAACUUCAGCCGGUUAACUGAGACAUUCACAAGCUUCACAUGUUAUUCCUUUAAGAGAUGUUACAUGUGUUUUUUUUCUGUAACUAGUUUUAGCAUUUCUAUUUGUACUUUGACUGCUGAACCAAAUGCAUUUGAGCAGUAUGACAAAUCCUGUAUAUGAAAGUAGUGUAUCCUUGAGGGACUGAAGAGGUUUUUCUCACCAACGGUUGGCAGUUAUACUUUGAAAAUCUGAAAGCAUUCAGCUGUCUAAUUUACCUGGUUGGGAUGAAGGAUUGGCACCAAAUAUGAAGGCUCUUUAACUGUGAACGGUCCAGACAUGAAGAAAGGAAACUUGGUUCAAUGUCUGGGCGUUUGACAGGCUACUACACAUUAUAGCGCUGCAUACUUCAUGACUGUAAAGACCAACAUACUCUAUCAGUAGCUCGUCAGUGAGCUGGAAGGACUUGGUGGUAGACCUGUUAAAGGGGAAUGGGUGUGCAGUUAACUGGUCGUGAGAUUCAGCAGGCGUUCUCAGUGUCGAACCAUGGGGGUUAAGCUGGCACUUCUGUCGAGAAUGAUUGUAAAUCUGUACGUUCCCCUGUAAACUGUUUCUGUGGGGAUUUCCUGAACACAUUAAUAAACAUGAUUUGAUCCAA